UUUAUAAUACGAAAUUAGAUUUUCAUAGAUGGCGUUUAGAAACAGUAACGUAUCAGCUGACUAUAUCAAUACAAGAUAAAUUAGAUUUGAAUUAGAUAUACGUUGUGUUUCGUAGUUUGAUUGAAGGUUAAUGUAGAAUUGUUCCUAUUUUUAAGCCAAAAUAACAUUAUAAACAAUGCUAUUCUAUGCAAAGUUAUAUACUUCUUUCCAUUAAAGAAGUUGCAAAAUAAUUAAAACUUUGAUUUUUUGUAAUGAAUUCAAAUAUAAAAGUUAAUGGUAUUAUUUUUUGAUGGUAUUGUGACCCAAAUGUGAAAAGAAACAAUUGUUAUAUUAAAGAAUCUACUAAAAAAUUCACUUAUAAAAUUAAUAGAAACAGUAACACUAUUAUCUUCAUUGUUAUUUUAACAGAAUUUGUUUUAUUUUAUUUUAUUUGUUGUUAAAAUAAAAGAAAUUAAAGAAAUAUGAAUGAUUCUUUCCUAGAAGAUUUGGAAUUAGUAUCUACUGAUGUUAAAACUGUAAAUGCUUAUUCAGUAGAUCGUCAUAUAACAACAAGGAAUGCAACAUCUUCUCCUUUGCAACAAUUGCGACCAAAUAGGGGAGAGAAUGUGCAAUCUGAAAAACAACCUAAAAAAGAAUUAAAUACAAGAGACAUAAAAAAAUUGUCUGAACAUGAUACAAAAAAACAACAAAUAAGAAUAAAAACAUCUGAAAGAAAAGAUAAACCUAUUGAAUCAAAAUUGAAACCAAUUGAGAAUAAGGUGAAGAAUGAUGGAAAAGAACAAGAAGUUCAAGACGAGAGUAAAACAAAGAAUAAAGAAUUAAGGACAAGAAUUUCUGAAAGCAAAGUAAUAGUAAAAGAUAAAGUACGUCGUUCUGGAAGUAGUAAGGAAAAUGUCCAAACCUCAGAUGUAUUUGCUAAGGAAAAUAAUAGGCCUCCAGAUUAUUCAAAAGAAGGAACUUCUCAAGUGGAAGCUCCUAAAGAAAAAACAAAAACGCAUGAUGUUAGAAAAGUAGAAUCCAAAGAAAUUGAUCCUGUUGCACUCCUUAAUGCCAUUAAGGAUAUUGUCAGUAUGUGCACAAAACAGGAAAGCACAAAAAUUUUAAAAGCAAUGCAAGAAUUGCAUAUUAAUUCUCAAGCAAAUCUCAUUAAACACUUGUUGUGUCAAACAGAUGAUAUAAUUAAUGAAAUGCAUCCUAGUAAAGAGUCAAAUAGAGUGAAAAGUCUAAUUGCACAAAAUGAAAGAUUACAAGAGGAUAUUGUUAUGUUACAAAAAAGAAAUGAAGAACUUAACAAGAAGAUGGAAGAGUUUGAAUUCUUAAAACAGGAAAAUAUUGCAUUGAAAUUGAAAUGUAAGGAAUUGUCUAAACAAUAGCAAAAAUGUACACUUUUCUGAUUCUGUGUAUUCAGAAUUUGUCCAUGAAAAGUAUCAUUCCACUGUUGUUGUUAUGCUCUAAUUAUCAAAUAUUAUUAAUAUAUUAUUAUUAAUUAUCAGUUAUCGAUAUGUUAACUAUAUGAAAUGAACAGAUUUGCAAAAUUCUCAAAAUUAAAAAAUAUAUAUACACAUAAUAUAUACAUAAAAAAAAGUAUAUGGAAUUUUAAAAAAAAGAUCUUUCGUAAAUUUUGCGAUAUAGUGAACAAUCGAUACAUCGAUAUCGAACUUAUUGCGAUCGUCAUAUUCCCUUAUGAUUCGAUUUUAUUGUAUUUUUUUUCCAUAUUAUAAUUCCAUAUUACAUAUAAAAUUAAAAAUCAUAAGUCAAAACAGUGGAUUUUCCAAUCACUUACAUUUCCUUCGUAGAAUCACUUUUAUUUUCCUCGUAGAAUCACUUACAUUUUCCUUAGAUAGAAUCACUUAUAUUUUCUUCGUAAAUAUAAAAAUAUCCGCUUGAUUAAAUCUGGAUAUUCUUUAUGUGAAAUAAAAUAUUGCAUAAAGAUAAUUAUGCUGUUGUUGAUUUAUCUACGUGUUUUGGAAAAUACGUGAUUUGCACAAUAUUGCUUACUCUAUAACUUUCCGUUUAAUAUUAA